UUGAUCGACACUGCAUCUUCUAACCUCCGCGACAUCUGCAACGAACUGUGCGUCGUCUGCGGUGACAAGGCGUCCGGCAAACACUACGGUAAAAUCGGCUACGUGUGUCGUGGAAACAAGGACUGCCCGGUGACCAAGUUCCACCGCAACCGCUGCCAGUACUGCCGGCUGAAGAAGUGCUUGGCAAUGGGCAUGCGAAGUGAGUCGGUCCGAUCCUCGUCGUUCGGUUUCGUAACGUCGCCAGAUCUGUCUGUCGCGUCCGCUGCCUCCGGUUCGGCCUCCGCCGCCGCAGACUGUUCGAAGCUCGCCGACAGCACGACCACUGACAAAUCGCCUCCCCCCACUUCCGGCAGCGACUCGCAGGUAAAUUACUGUUUAUACCGCAACAUAUAUAAUUACAUCUGUGAAACAUCCAGUCGCCUGUUGUUUCUGUCAAUACACUGGGCUUCUCGCGUGUGUAUUACCUUAUCCACUAUACAAGAAGCGGUCCUCAAGCAACGGUGGUGCGAGAUCUUCCUUAUUGGGCUCCUACAGUGCGCCGGCAAGUUUUGUUUGAAUAGUAUGCUGACGGCCGUUUCCAUCCACUUGCACACCUGCACGUUGCUCGGUCAGCUGAAGAUCGAGAAGUACGAAGAAGUGCUUGAGCAGAUCAACUCUUUGCAGGAUCUGCUGCAUCGAACGCAGCAGUUGAAGCUCACCGACAUGGAAUACGGCUAUUUGAAGCUGAUCAUUUGCUCUGCUCCAGGUAUUUUUGAACAACUCAAAAAAUCUUCAUCUUCUUCAUCUUUCAUCACCGCUUCUCCUUUCGGGUCGCGGAGGCAGACGCAUACAGCAAGCGCUUGUAACGCAGCUCAUCUAAACGAUUUUCGAAAGAAGGCGUGUAGAGAAAUUCUGGAGCAGCUCAGGCGAAGUGACUGUGCCGAAGACCGAUACACAGACAUGUUGUUAGUUCUGCCAGCGUUACGAUCAUUCAAUAAACAGAUACUGGUGGAACUUUUCUUUUCUGGCUUGAUCGGCAACCUGCAGAUCGAGAACGUGAUACCGUUCAUUCUGAAGAUGGACAUUCAGCAGAUAUUCGGUCAAGUGACGUCAGCAAUCACGGACAUGUCAGACAGCUGA